UAUUGACAUUUGAAAGAAGGCAAAUUAUAAUUUCCAAUCGUCAAAGUAAUCUCGUGUGAAAGAAACGUGUAAUCGAGUGAAAAUAAUUGUUAAAAGUGGCUAUCGUUCCCGAAAUUCUAUGAAUAUAUUGUUUUUAGCCAAACUAAGCUUUGUACAAGUUAUCAGCGAAAUUCUAAUAAGACUCUUAUUGUUAUAUUGAUUUUUGAAAAAAAGAGAUAAUGCGGAAUCAUCAGGAGGACUCGCCGUCAUCGUCUAUAAACGGAGAUGAGAUCUUGGGCAUGGAAGAUGAUGAUGGCAUGGUGUUUCUCGAGGAAGUUGGAGAAAUCGAUUUUAACGAUGAUUACAAUGACGACGAGGAACCAGUGGAAGAGGCUUUAGAAAUGCAAGAAGACAAUUCUAUUUUCAUAUUUAGAGAGCAUAAUGGAUCUGUGUUUUGCUGCGAUAUUAGCCCUGAUGGUAAGCUGGCGGUCACGGGUGGGGAAGACGACAAGGCUUAUGUAUGGAGGAUUGAAGAUGGCCAGUUGGUUAUGCAAUGUCUUGGACAUAAGGAUUCUGUCAUCUUUGCCGGCUUUAGUUUUGAUGGCGCAUUCUUAGCAACAGCUGAUAUGGCUGGACUAAUCAAAGUUUGGAAAUGUGAAGAAGAGACCCAACAAGAAUCGUGGCCUGUUGUCUUUGAAUAUGAAGCACCGGACUUGAUAUGGGGCCUGUGGCAUUUUGGAGCUAGGGUUCUUGUUUUUGGAACAGUACCCGGUGAAAUAUAUGUAUUUAAAGUACCUUCAGGAGAAACUAAAGUCUUACAAGGGGAGAAUACCAAAGCGGAGUGUGGAAUGUUGUUCCACGAUGGAGUUCGUUUAGCUGCUGGUUAUGAAGAUGGUAUUGUAAAGAUUUGGGAUUUGAGGAAAGGAACAGUUUUACACCAAGUGCCUGCGCCAGUUCAUAAUAAUAAAGUCACAGCUAUAGACACUCCUCCCGAUGAUAAUAUUAUGGCAUCUAUUUCACAUGACGGUAAAAUUGUGCUAACUACUCCAAAUAAUGGCAGGGUAGUCAGCCAGAUGACAGCAGAAGUAGACUUAGAAAUAGUUACGUUUUCAAAAGACCUUCAGUUCCCAUAUCUUGCCACAGGUACACUAACGGGAGCAGUAGACAUAUGGGACGUACCUCGGAGAAUGAAGCGUCAUCAAUGUACGAAAGCUGGGUCCAGUCCCGGGAUCACCAGAAUGACCUGGGUGAACAGGCUUCUUGUCACAGGCUGUCUUGAUGGCUCCGUACGGGUGUAUGAAGGCCGGACAGGCGAAGAGUGCCAGAAGUUCACAGGCCACCUAUCAGAAAUCCUAGAUCUACGUUAUAGCGCGAAAACAAACUUAAUAUUAACUGCCUCAGAUGACGGAACAGCUAGGUUAUACAAAUUAGAUGUAAACAGCGGCAAUGACUAAAAUCUUUUUUAUAUCUUUCAUUUUCCAUUUGACUCUGUGCAUUAUAUUGUUCUCUAUUUUGUCAUAUCACAGUGUAUAAUUUUAAUAUAAGAAAUCAGAGUUUUUACAUCUGUAUGUAUUUAUUACAGGAUAAAAAUGAUUUUCUUAAAUGCCACUGAACUGUCGAAUAUUUGUUUCCGUGUCAAACUGAUUAUUAUUUGGACAUUUACAAUAUUGUAGUUAGUAGCCCAUUAUAGUUGAGGUCUGAUGGUCUACACCUCUACAAAAGUCCGCCUAUUUCUAACUGUCAUAUAGUUGUACAUUUGACUUCAUGCAGACAUUCAUAAAGCUGUGGUUGUGAGAGUUGAUAUUGGUAUUAACUACAUAUAAUUUCGACCUUAAUGUCUAAUGUCGUAUAAUUCAGUUUUUAAUGUCGAUAAAAUCUCUCAUUAACUUUUACAGAAAACUGCGUGCAGUUGGAUGUACGGACACGGGUAGACCAUCGAUCUCUCUAAUUGUUUCCUACUUAACAAGUACCUACCACUAUAUAUUUAUAGUAGAUUUUGUAUACCUAUUGGUACAAUAUUUAAUCUCCCAUGUAAUAAUCAACAUUAUUAAUUAACGUUUGUAUUUCUCUCUCAUAUUCAAUAUGCAAUAUGUAAUAAUAAAGAACAAUUCGUAUGAAAA